AGCAUGUGAACAGAGAUGGGUUUUCAGUGCAUCCACCAACAUUUCAAGAUGCUCUACCUCAGGGGAUUCAUUGUUUGUAUCUGUUGUAUCGAUCUCCUCAUUGUCCAGUCAGGUCAUGGCUCUGAGAUUAUUGAUGGGGAAGAAGUGACGCCUCACUCACUGCCCUUCAUGGCUCUGCUGAAGGACAAAACUCCCAUCUGUGGAGGCAUUCUGAUCAGUCCAGUCUGGGUCCUGACUGCUGCCCACUGUGGAGACAUCAAGGAAGUGUUGCUGGGGGUGCACUCCCUCGAUCAAAAGGAAAAGGACUCCAGACAGGUGCAAAAGGUCAAGAGGUUUCCUCACCCCUGCUACGAUGCGGAUGAUAAAGUCAACGACCUCAUGUUGCUCAAGCUGAAGAAACCAGUGAAGAAAACCAAAACGGUGCAAUGGCAUGAGUUGCGUAACAACAUUAAAGCCCCAACUGCCGGCACCAAAUGCCUCGUGGCUGGAUGGGGGUGGACAAAGAACAAUGCCAAGAGGAUGUCCAAUGUUCUGAUGGCCGUCAAUGUGACCGUGAUCGACAGAGAGAAGUGCAACUCGCCCAAAUAUUACAACCUCAAACCUUUUAUCACCAGCAGCAUGAUAUGUGCCGGCACAGACGGUAACAACAGCGCAGAUACCUGUCAGGGGGAUUCAGGAGGGCCAAUAUUGUGCAAUGGACAGCUAAUCGGAGUAACUUCUUUUGGAACAAAAUGUGGCCUAAAGGAAAAGCCUGGAGUGUAUGCCUUUCUCUCUGAAAAACAUCUCAAAUGGAUCAACAAGACCAUGAAGAAGUCUGACAUAUAAUCAAUUUAUCUUGUUUUUCUCACCAAAGUUAACCAGUUAAGUUUCAGUUUGUGUAAAAGCAAUGUUCAAGUAAAAAACUUUUGAUGUCCCAGCUAAUGGUUGUUGUUCUGGUGGAUUAUGCCGUAAAUGUUUCCUGCCUUACAGAAUUGCAGCUAUAUCAACACGAGAGAAAGAUCACGCAAUGACUCUGACCGGACCACAAUAGACAAAUUCUCACGGUGUAUCUGAAGACCCCACACAGGAAAUGUGCAAAAUGUCACAGUGUUGCACUAUAGCCUUUGUGUAUUAUACACACACACACGCACACACACCUGCUUCCAGUAAAGGAAAUGCUGACACAGCUACGAUGAUGCAGGUUAUUCUUCAGUUUCUAUGUCUCUUUUAAUUCUAUCAAAGUUUUUCAAUAUGUGAGCUCAAGGGACCCAUUUGUGUUUCUGUAAUAUUUACUCCCUACCUAAGACUUUUGUGUGUAACUUCUAUUCAAAAACCUGUGAUGUAGGACAUACCAUUUGCACUCUUACUCAAACUACACCACCAGGUGGUGCUCUUUGCUCUUCUUGUUGCUGCAGUCAUUUACACAGAGAUUAAACUCAACCUGAGAUUCCAUUAUUUCAUUCAUUUAAAAAUGACCAAAAUUGACAUUAUUAGAAAAAUGUAAUUGAUUGAAUGUUGGGUUGUUUGUUUUAAUCCAGCAGUUAUACUUGCAAUUCUCUACAUGGGCUCCAAAUUUAGAGUUAUUCAAUGAAAUGGCACCAAUUCUUCCUCACAAUAAGACCUGACAGUACUACAUACAAACACUGAGACCAAAACUGAAAUGUUUACCACUUAAAAAAACAUGUAACCAUGCACAAGUGGUGUCCGUUCUCUUGGCUUGUGACCCAUUUUUACUUGUUUUUCUUUUGUUGUAAAAAUAAUGUUAAGAUGCCCUAAGAGGUCAAAUAUUGAAUCUUUUCAAAUGAAGAAUAAAUGUGUGUACCAGAAA